AUGGUCAAUUUGGCUGCUGUUGAUUACCCUUUCGAAUACGAGAGAGGCAUUGUCUUAAAAGGCUUCAAUACCCUCCUGGUAGUUACCGCGAAACGGGUAACCGACUCUGGAUCUGCAUUUCAAUGGCACUUUGUUCACUCCAAGAAUAAUAUUCCUCUUUCGAGAUACACCGAUGACGAGAGAUAUCACAUAUGGGAAGAGGAAGAAGAGUCACGCCCUCAACUUGAAAACAUUAGAGAAGCUAUUCGCACGUUUCUGGGUUGGAACGAUUGUUAUGAAAUUCAGCUAGGCGAAGUGGAUCCCUCGGAUGUCACUGUUACUACGCUAUGCAGAAUGGGCCGAUCACUGGCGCUAAAAACUGUUGGAUUCAAUGCUGGAAUCGGAAAGUCUCCUAUGACAGUUGGGGCCUCGGCGACAUUCGAAGUCCAAGAAGACAGUGUGAGACACUCAAGAGAGACCAGAUUUAUUGAAAUGAUUGCUUCAUCUAUCACAACUCCGAUACUUCUAUACGCACCUGAUGAGAGACGUGGAUGGUUGGUUGCUCAACUUUGGGUGCUGGUAUAUAUGGCCCUUAUCUACGCCCAGCAACAUGAACUAGAACCCGCCCCACCCAAAGCGUAUUCGAAUCUGGAGAGGACCAGAAAACUUCUUAUCGAAAAUUCUGAGCUCAAACUUUUACCCAAAGGUGUGGACAAGGAGAAGGCCGAACUGGUUGCGUACCCACUGAAAGACCUGUUGUGUGACCUUGCCCAGGGACUUGAAUGGGCCGAGGAACACGCUCGACGUCAGCGCAAAAUACCUCUCCGACACGAUAGAAUCUAUGGGCUCGAGUUCUUUGAACUUGCUACGAGACAAAAGAACUAUUUUGUAAAAGAAUGUAAAAUCCAAGAUACUCACGGCGGUUGGAUCAAACUACUCGACGAUGAGACAAUUAAGGGUGUCGUCUUCUGCAAAGGGCUUGGAGAGUCAUUCCACAAGGUCUCUCCUACCUGGCCGCUGUGA